AUGGCUGAGGAAACCAAGCCAAGCGCUCCAGAAGCACCAACUAACGCUCCAAUCGUAACAACAGACGAACAAAAUCUGGUAGUCUCCUUCCUCCAGUUCAUCCGCCAAAAGGUUUCGCAGAAUCAAGUGACUAGCGAACAGGCUGAAGCUCUUGAGGUUGCGAUCCAAUGCCUCGAGCAUUCAUUCGCCCUAAACGACGCCUCGUACGCUUUUCAACCGUCCCGUCCAAUUCUCGAACUUUUCAAAAGUGCUGAAGGACUUCCAGAUGGCGAGAGUGCUCUCCCAACUCCAAGUGAUGCUGACAUUUCUCAAGCAAACAAGCUCAAAGAGGAGGGAAAUGACUUGAUGAAAGCUUCGCAGUUUGAUGCCGCUGUUCAAAAAUACAACGCUGCCAUUAAACUCAACAGAGACCCCGUCUACUUUUGUAAUCGUGCUGCUGCAUACUGCCGUCUAGAACAGUACGAUCUUGCAAUCCAAGAUUGUCGUACUGCCCUUGCUCUUGAUCCUACUUAUUCCAAAGCUUGGGGAAGAAUGGGACUAGCUUACUCAUGCCAAAACCGGUAUGAGCAUGCAGCCGAGGCUUACAAGAAAGCAUUGGAAUUAGAGCCUAAUCAAGAAAGCUACAAAAAUAAUUUGAAGAUUGCCGAAGAUAAACUGAAAGAAUUAGAGAGCUCGCGGCCUGCCCAAGCAGCAAAUCCACUGGCUGGGCUUUUUGGAGCAAUGGGAGGAGGAGGACCCGGCCUUGGUGGAAUGCCAGGAAUGCCUAAUAUGGGAAAUCUUCUAAACGAACCAGGACUCAUGCAAGCAGCUUCGCAAAUGAUGAAUGAUCCUGGACUUGCUGAUAUGUUCAACAACAUGAUGUCUGGACAAGGAUCCAUCGCAGAUUUGAUGGCCGCCGGUCAACAAAUGGCUGCUCGUAUGCAAGAAACCAACCCAGAACUUAUCGAGAACCUCCGACGCCAGUUCGGUCCAGGUGGUGAAGGAGGAGCUCCACCACCGGCACCACCACAAUAA